CCCAGAGGAAAAGAAGAAAUAAAAGAAAAUGGUGGGUGGUCGGGAAAACAAUAUAAUUUCCAUGCUAUACUGAUGACGAAUUAUUCUGAAAACCCCAGCAAAAAAGAAAGACAACAACAAAGUGGUAGUCAUGUUGCUAUCUGACAAUGAGACUUGAACCAUGACUCAUUUUCCAUGGUUGCUAAUAAUCUGAAAUAUUAUUAAACCAUGACUCAUUUUUCCGGGGUAGGUCUAAGUAUAUUCAAUGUUUCUCCCUGACUUUUUCUUCUUAAAAUUUGGAUUCAUUGUAUACAGCAGGAGUCUAAAAGUCCAUUACCAUUCCCCGGAGAAUUCUUUCAUUUCAAGAUGGCUUCAUGUUCCCGUAAAAAUCUGCGCAUUAGUGAUAAGAAAUCAUCAUCAUCUGCAAAUAUUAUUGCUAACAACGAUGAUCUUUUAAUACCUAUACUAUUGCAUUUGCCGGUGAAAUCUCUGAUUGUUUUCAAAUGUGUAUCAAAAGGAUUAUUUUUGCUGAAACUCUCUUAUGCUGACAACUGCGGAUACGAGUUUAUCAACCUGGAUAAUAACAAAGUCAUGACUGGUGGUGUGCCCUUUCAAUUUCUCAAUUUUGUGAACGAUGCAGCGGGUUUAAAGAUUGAUGGAUCGUGUAACGGGAUUUUCUGUUGCAGCAGCUUUAGAUGGCAUGGAAAUGACCAAAUCUUUUACAUUUACAAUCCGUCCACAAAUCAGUACAAAAGCAUUGUUAAAUUUGAGUAUAAGAUGAACAAUCCUGUCUCGGUUCGCAGUGUGAGCUUAGCUUUCAAUCCAUUUGCAUCACCUCAUUACAAAGUUGUCUGUGUUUGGGAGGUUGGUCAAAACCAACUCCAGAUUGAGAUUUUCGAUUCGGAAACUGCUACCUGGAAGCUCUCCGGAGGCCCUCCCUUUCCUUGGACAUUAUGAUUCGUUUCGCAUGUCUGGUGUGUUCUGGAAUGGCUCAUUGCACUGGAUCAAUGAAACUCAGUUUGGCAAAUGGAUUAGCUCAAGUAACUCCUUUGGGUAUUUCGAUAUAGAGCAAGAACUACUAAUGGAAAUGCCAGUGCCACUGAUACCGGAGGUUGAUGAAUUGUAUGACAGGAAGGUGGGUAUUUUGGUGCAUACAAGGGUUGUUUGCAUCUUAUACCAAUUUACAAUCACAAUCCAACAUGUUUUGAGAUACUGGAAAUGGAUACCGAUUACAGGUGCUGGAACGUAAAGUCGAUAUUGGAAAUCUUAUAGUUUCAUAUCCGGAGAUGAUUCCACAUGAAUUUGAAGUUUACAAUUUUAUCGACGUAAGAUCUUUGCAAGCAGUGGAAUUCUCAAUCUUGCUUGUUCGAGAAGAAGAUAAAGAAGAAGAAUCAAAUUUAGUAAUACUAAUACAUAUACCAGGUAGGAUUGUUUACUACAAGUUCAAGGAUAUGAGUUUCACGGCAGCACAUGAUCUGUCGCCAAGUCUAAUUGGAGAGGGAGGAAUCAAUUUAAUACAGGUGGUUUGACGCCCAUCAAUACAUCGAGUCACUCGCCAUUGUUUAACCGCUCGUUUAUAAAGUAUGCUCUAUCUCGACAUUAAAUGCUGACAAGAAAACCCGGCCUGACCUGAGUGAGACUCCUGCAAAUUUUGUGCCAUCUACUCCAAAAUAUCAAAGGUAACUUAUUAUGAGUGAGCCUGGAUAAGAAAUUCAAUAGUUCACAGAGAAUUUGCCACUGCUGAUCCACAAUCAAGUCAGUAACCUUCAUAUCAGGAUGAUGUUCAUAGAACCAUUACCAGGAAACAAAUCAAUGAUUGCAUCUCCAAA